UAUGGCUUUGAUAGUCGCAUUACAACUCAUUUUAUACUUCAGAACGUGUUUAAUGGAAGGAUUGGGAGAGAUAAAUGAGAUCCGUGGAUCAAAACGAUUACUACUAAAUGACCCAGAUGCCAUCAACAACAGAUUGAAUAAUUUGGAAAGGUCCUUACAACAGCAACAAGCAACAAUUUUACAACAACAGGCAACAAUUCAACAGCUUAAACAAAAUAACCCUCAAGGAUAUGCUGCUGGUCAACUAUUUUAUUCCGCGUCAUCAUAUCCAAACAGGUUAGGAGGAGCAGCAAAUAUGCUAUGUCUUCCUAAUAAUCCAAAACUAAGUAAUAAAACAGCCGGGGGAUAUAGCUUAAUAUACGGUUCAGAGUUUGAGGAAAAUUUUCUUAGAAGUGACGCAGUCGAUGAAGAUAUUCCAUGUGCAUUUUGCAGAAGUUUAAAUACAACUUCUUCUGAAAUGUUUCCAGGUCGAAAUGUUUGCUACCAUGGAUGGAAGACGGCGUAUGAGGGAUUUGUCAUGUCCGGAUACUGGGGACAUAGGGCAUCGUCUUUUAUUUGCGUUGAUCUGCACCCAGAUUACGUUCCAGGUGGUAAAGCUAAUGUAGAUGGUCAUCGGUUAUACGUGACUGGUACAAAAUGUGGUUCUCUCUCUUGUCCUCCUUAUUACGACAAUCUGGCUCUCAAUUGUGUUGUUUGCUCCAAAUAA